GCCUUCGGCGGAUUUGGAUGUUGAGAAGAUUGACUCGAUUACAGGCGUACACCCACAACCCUCAUUAUCACUCUCAUCUUAGUCUUAAUCGCCAGCGUCCUAGCUUCCCCCCAAUCGUCGUCCGAUCUUUCAGAGCCACUAUGUCUGCAGAAGCAACUCCUCCGGCAGCGGGGACUCACCUCGAUGAGGUUACGGGCGAGCUGGUGUCCAAGCAGGAGUUGAAGCGUCGUAAGGACAGACGUGAAAGGGAGGCCAAGAAGGCCGCCAAGGGUCCUGCACCGGAAAAGAAGGGAGCAGCCGUAUCUAAGAGCGCUGCUGCGAACGAGGAUGACUUGAACCCCAACCAAUACUUCGAGCUUCGGUCUCGACAAAUCCAAAAGCUACGAGAGACUCAGUCUCCAAACCCAUAUCCUCACAAGUUUGAGCCCUCUAUCUCUCUUACCGAAUACGUCGAACUUUACGGGUUCAACGAGGAGGAGGUCAAGGCCGAGGAGGAGAAGGUGGCCGCAGAGUUGAAGGAGAAGAAGGUCGGCGAUGAGCUGCUCAAGAAGGGUGUGGCGUCGGUGAGGGCGAGACAUUCAAUCAUCAAGCCUGGAGAAAAGCUGGCAGGCACGGUGCAGGCUCUUGCUGGUCGUAUACACAACGUACGCGCUUCUGGUCAGAAGUUGCGUUUCUACGACUUGCACGGCGAGGGCACGAAGGUGCAGAUCAUGGCCACCCUGCAGGAUGCGGAAAACCCUGACACCUACGUCGAGACGCACGAUAUCUUCCGUCGAGGUGACAUCGUCGGUGUCGUGGGCACUCCCUCUCGUACCAAGAAGGGUGAACUCUCCAUCUCCCCCUCCAAAAUGGUUCUCCUCGCUCCCAACCUUCACCAGCUUCCCUCGGGCCACUUCGGCCUCAAGGACGUCGAGACCCGCUACCGCAAGCGCUACCUCGACCUCAUCCUCUCCGAAGAGACCCGUCGUAUCUUCGUCACUCGUUCGCGCAUCAUCAACUAUAUCCGCCGAUACUUCGAUAACCUUGGUUUCUUGGAGGUUGAGACGCCGAUAACGAGCAUGGUUGCGGGCGGAGCGACUGCUAAGCCGUUCGUCACGCAUCACAACGACCUUGAUCUCGACCUCUACCUUCGUAUCGCCCCCGAGCUCUAUCUCAAGCAACUCGUCGUCGGUGGAUUGGACCGUGUAUACGAAAUCGGUCGUGUCUUUAGGAAUGAGGGUAUCGACAUGACGCAUAACCCGGAAUUCACGAUCUGCGAGUUCUAUAUGGCGUAUGCGGAUAUGUACGAUGUCAUGGAUUUGACGGAGUGUUUGGUCGAGGGUAUGGUGAAGUACCUGACGAACGGCAAGACGACGUUGACAUAUCAUCCGGAGGGGAAGGGUGGGAAGGAGUAUUUGUUGGAGUUUAAGAGGCCGUGGAAGCGGUAUGACAUGAUUGAGACGUUGGAGGAGAAGUUGGGUGUGAAGUUCCCGGCGGGCGACCAGCUUCACACCGAUGAGACCAAUGUCUUCUUGAGGGAUUUGUGCAAGAAGCACAACGUUGAUUGCAGCGAGCCCCGAACGAACGCACGGUUGCUUGACAAGCUCGUUGGCGAAUAUAUUGAACCACUCUGUAUCUCACCUGCCUUCAUCGUCGGCCACCCUCAAGUCAUGUCCCCUCUCGCCAAGUGGCAUCGCUCCCGCCCCGGUCUCUGCGAACGUUUCGAGGGCUUCCUCUGCGGCAAGGAGAUCUGCAACGCCUACACGGAGUUGAACGAUCCCUUUGAGCAGCGUGCGAGGUUCGAGGAGCAGGUGAGGCAGAAGGCACAGGGAGACGACGAGGCGCAGGAUAUUGAUGAGACGUUCGUAGACGCGCUGGAACACGGUCUCCCCCCGACCGGUGGAUGGGGUAUCGGUAUCGACCGUCUCGUCAUGUUCCUCACCGACUCUACCAACAUCAAGGAAGUUCUCCUCUUCCCCGCCAUGAAGCCCGUCGAGAACGCCGCAAACACCUCGACCGCGAACCCUGGUCCGGGCGGUCAAGUCUAGAGAGGAUAGAGCGGUGUUCGUGCUGUUGGUAUUAACUAUCUCUCGGGUGUCCUGCGAGAGUGGGUGGAGAAGCCAAAAAAUGUAUAGAAUUCUGUCUUGCGUGUGUAGCUUACAGUACCUGUAAGUUCGUGAGAAGCACUGAUAUAAUCUUCUGAGGUGAACGUUUC